GCCAUGCCCCCUGAUGGCUACGAGCACUUGCUUGAAACGCAAGAUGCGCGCCGUGUCGCGUGGAUAUUGGCCUUGGUACCGGAGAAGAACCCGGGUCUCUGGGUGACCAUCAACGUCGUGAUGCUCAUAUGGUCCAGCUUUAUGUUGGUGACCAUAUUCUUGGACGCCAAGCGCGAGUUUCGAGAACAAUUCUACUUAUUCUGGAGCUUUGCCACCACGGCCGUAUGGGUUGCGGAAGUGAUCUUGGAGGUGUGGUACCACAAAUCCGCAUCUUCAUGCAGACAGAUCUUUGAGCUAUUGGUGGCUGCAUACUUGACCUAUGCUUCAGCGGUGACGCUCUGGAAGAAGUGGACCCAUCCAGGCAAAGACGUUGAUGAAGAAUUGACGGAUGCGAUGAUCUCCACCGUCGCCUAUUUCUACGCAUCUGAAGAGACGCUACGGCUCUUGUGGUACGCGAUGACCGCGGACUGAGGACCAGGAGGGUGACCCACUUGAUGGACCAUGGAUUUUUCAACCCAUUUCUUGGCUAAGCAUCCAA